UGCUUGGUGUUGUUAGUAUUAAAACAACAAAUAACAAGAAAAAAAAUGUGGACAUUCUUUAUUGCCUGCCUAAUACUAUUUAUUUUGUAUGUAAAGUGGAAACAUUCAUUUUGGAAAAAUAAAGGACUUUUAAGUCCUAAACCAGUAUUUUUUUUUGGAAACACCUCAAAACUUGUAAAGCAGAAGUUGACGUAUGGAGAACACGUACAAGUAAUCUAUAACUAUUUGAAGAAUAAAAACCAAAUACAUGGGGGUGAAUACUUUUUGUUAACGCCAAUUUAUAUACCUGUGGAUCCGAAGAUCAUAAAAAACAUAUUGCUUGGUGAUUUUACAAGUUUUAUGGAUAGAGGGCUUUACUAUCAUGAGGAUGAUCCUUUAUCAUGUAAUCUUUUUUUCCUCGAGGGUGUAAAAUCGAAAAAAUUGAGAGCCAAAAUGACUCCAACAUUUACAUCGGGAAAAAUGAAGAUGAUGUUUGAAACGCUACUAGAAUGUAGUAAGCAAUUGCAAAUGGAGUUAGAAAAAAAUUGCAACCAAGCAAUUGAGGUAAAAGAUGUUUUAGAGCGAUUCACUACUGAUAUUAUUGGUUCUGUAGCUUUUGGUAUUGAAUGCAAUAGCUUAAAGAACCCAAAUUGUGAGUUUAUUAACUACGGUUUAAAAUUUUUCACGAGAAGUGCAUGGGGAAAUAUUAUUGCAAUGUUUUCUUUUUGUAUCCCUGAGGUAUUAAGGUUUUUAAAAAUAAGAGCUAUUAAUAAAGAGACGUCUGAUUUUUACAUGAGAGUUGUAAAAGACACUGUGGAUUACCGAGAAGCUAAUAAUAUAAAAAGAAGAGAUUUCAUGCAUUUAUUAAUACAACUAAAAAAUACAGGAAAACUGGAGGAUGAGAAUCUCAAUACGGAAGAUAAAAUCAGUUUUGAAGAAUUGGCGGCUCAAGCCUUUAUAUUUUUCAUAGCAGGUUUUGAAACAUCAUCUGCUACAAUGACUUUUGCGUUAUAUGAAUUAGCAUUGAACCAAGAUAUUCAAAAUAGAGUACGAGAAGAAGUCAUUGAAGUAUUAAACAAAAACGAUAAAAAACUUACGUAUGAUGCCGUAAUGAAUUUAAGUUACAUGGACCAAGUUAUAAAUGAGACGAUAAGAUUGCAUCCACCUAUAACAACUCUGAACAGAAUUUGCACCAAAGACUACAAAGUUCCCGGCACAGAUUUUGUUUUAGAAAAAGGAACGAAAGUUAAUAUUCCAGUAAUGGGAUUACAUAUGGAUGAAGAGUAUUUUCCAGAUCCAACGAGGUUUGAUCCUGGCAGGUUUUCAGAGAAAAAUGUAAAAAAUAUUACACCUUUUACAUUUUUGCCUUUUGGUGAAGGACCUCGAAACUGCAUAGGUGAGCGAUUUGGUAAAAUGCAGACAAAAGUUGGAUUGGCUGGUAUAAUACAAAAUUAUAAACUAACCCUUAGUUCUAAGACUUCGAUUCCUUUAGUAAUGGACCCAAAACAUUUUGUUCCGACAACUAAAGGAGGAAUGUGGUUGGAAUUUAAAAAAAUUAAUGAUCUUUAACUUGUAUAAAUUAAUAUUUUUAUUAUUUAAUAUUAUACAACACAACACAAAAAUUUAACCUUUUUAUUGACCACACCACAAUUUGGA